AGCGAGUCCCUAAUUCUGCAAAAGAUGGAAGUAUACUGUACCAGUAGACUGGACGCAUCUUAGACGUACCCACAUAUUUCAAUGGAUCACUGAGUUUAAGGACGCAUCAUAAUUUAGAAACAAAUACAUUUACCAGACGCCAGUUCUGCUCUGGUGAGGCAUUGAUUGGCAAAGGUGGAAACCAAUAAAGCGCCGGAGAAGGCGUACAGAUGAGCUGCUUUCGGAGCACAGGAGGGCAUGUCUCCGGCUUCUAGUUCAAUUCCAUCAGAAAUCAAGGGGGACGUCAAGGCAAAAAUUGCCUCCACUCCAGACUGCACAGGCAACAUCGAUCACACACCGCUUUACAGAAGAGAAGACGGACUGUAAGGGCGAUGAUGUUCCUGAGAUCCUCAAGCUGCACAGCCCUGCCGCAGCUGCCAACGUUAUCUCCGCAACACGCCUCCUCUGGAGCCUGCCCUCUUCUCCGGGCGGGUCAGCACUGACCCCCCCCCCCCCAAUAGGCUGCCAAGCCAUGCGUCGGCUGGUCUACUGCAAGGUGGUGCUGACCACCUCGCUGGCGUGGGUGCUGGUGGAUGUGCUGCUGCUGCUCUACUUCAGCGAGUGCAACAAAUGUGACGAACACAAGGACCGCUCCCUGCUGCCAGCCCUGCGAGCGGCCAUGUCGCGCACACAGGAAGGCCCAGGAGAGAUGGGAAAGGCAGUGGUGGUUCCCAAGGAGAAUCAGGAGAAGAUGAAGGAGAUGUUUAAAGUCAACCAGUUUAACCUUAUGGCCAGUGACAUGAUCGCCCUCAACAGGAGUCUGCCGGACGUUAGACUGGAUGGCUGCAAGACGAAGGUGCACCCAGAUGAUCUGCCCAACACCAGCAUUGUCAUAGUGUUCCACAACGAGGCCUGGAGCACGCUGCUGCGGACCGUCCACAGCGCCAUCAACCGCUCGCCACGCCACCUGCUCCUGGAGAUCUUGCUGGUGGACGACGCCAGUGAGAGAGACUUCCUGAAGGAGAAGCUGGACCAGCACGUACAGACCCUGGAGGUGCCGGUGCGAGUGCUACGGAUGGAGAAACGGUCCGGGCUGAUUCGAGCCAGGCUGCGGGGGGCGGCGGCCGCACGGGGUCAGGUGAUCACCUUCCUGGAUGCCCACUGCGAGUGCACCAUCGGCUGGCUGGAGCCACUGCUGGCCAGGAUCAAAGAGGACAGGAAGGCAGUGGUGUGUCCCAUCAUCGAUGUCAUCAGUGACGACACCUUUGAGUACAUGGCGGGAUCCGACAUGACCUACGGCGGCUUCAACUGGAAGCUGAACUUCAGAUGGUACCCCGUACCUCAGAGGGAGAUGGACAGGAGGAAAGGGGAUCGGACGCUUCCUGUCAGGACCCCAACCAUGGCAGGGGGGCUGUUCUCUAUUGACAGAUCGUACUUCGAAGAGAUCGGGACGUAUGACCCAGGAAUGGAUAUCUGGGGGGGAGAGAACUUAGAAAUAUCUUUCAGGAUCUGGCAAUGCGGGGGCUCGCUGGAGAUCAUCACAUGUUCACAUGUGGGUCACGUGUUUCGCAAAGCCACCCCAUACAGCUUUCCUGGGGGCACAGGCCAGGUCAUCAACAAGAACAACCGGCGUCUGGCUGAAGUCUGGAUGGAUGAUUUCAAGGACUUCUUCUAUGUCAUCUCCCCAGGUGUGGCCCGGGUGGACUAUGGGGACGUGUCCUCCCGCAAGGCCCUCCGGGAGGCGCUGCAGUGCAAGCCCUUUUCCUGGUACCUGGAGAACAUCUACCCAGACUCCCAGAUCCCCAGGAGAUACUUUUCACUUGGUGAAAUUCGGAAUGUCGAGACGAACCAGUGCGUGGACAACAUGGGGAGGAAAGAAAAUGAGAAGGUGGGCUUCUUCAACUGCCACGGCAUGGGGGGCAACCAGGUGUUUUCCUACACGGCAGACAAGGAGAUCCGCACAGAUGACCUGUGCCUGGACGUGUCCCGCCUCAACGGGCCCGUCGUGAUGCUCAAAUGCCACCUCAUGAAGGGGAACCAGAUGUUUGAGUAUGAUGCAGAGAGGAUGACUCUGCUGCACGUCAACAGCAACCAGUGCUUGGACAUGCCGUCGGAAGAGGACAAGAUGGCCCCCACAGUGCGGGACUGCACAGGGAGCCGCUCACAGCAGUGGCUUCUGAGGAACAUGACCCUGAUUGGCUGACUUCAUCAGAGCGUCUCUGUCUGCCUCCAAUCAGGCUCUCUGCGUCUGUAAUGCCCAUGGGUGGCCCAAUGUUUCUGUCUGGAGUGCAGAACAUCCACUUCCUGCUCUUUCCUUCUCCACUGUGGUGUGUGCACAUCGUCCAACUCUGUCUCUGAUAUGUCUGCAUUGUCGAUAACUUGUCCAGUACUGUCUUCACUGUAUGUACAUUCCCUAGAUUGACUUCCUGUAUGUCUUCCUUCACCCUCUCUAUACAUAAUGUAUAGACAGGUCAUUGAGAAUCUGCUUCCCCCGGCUUGCAGUGCAAUUAAAGGGUUUCCUGAUAGAUGGCCGAUUGACUGGGAGUUCCACCAUUUUCUCUCCUCCUUCCAUUUUGCCCAUUACCAAGGCCAGUCCUGCUCUCUGUGAGAGCUUCUCUCGUUUUGACUGAGGAGUUAUGUGACUGCCACUAACACCAGGAGUCAUGCUGAGGACCUCCAGGCCCAGGGUGCCAGCUGAGGGGGUGAUGACACGGAUCGCCCGAUGUUCUCACCGUCUUCCGUGAUGGAUCUUUGCAUUGCUGGGGAAUUUCAGCGUUGACUCACCAAGCACUGAACUCUGCUGUACUGUCUGUUUACCUGCAGUAGUAUUGUGUGGAAGCAGCUCAACUGAAUUAGUUCAUUUUUGUGGAAGGCAUGAUGUUCCUGGUAAACAUCUCAGAGAGUUAAUGCACAAAUUGUCAAACUUGCCUAUAACACAACAUAUCUUACCCAACCAGUAAUCCUCUCUUGAGUAAAACCAAGUCAUUUACUGUUUUUCUUGAAUUUGUUUAUCAACAGAUGUUUAUCCAAAGGAACUUGCAUGACAUACAAUUUGAACUAUUUACCAAGAUAUAGUUCAUGUUUGUUUUACGGUUGUCAAAGGUACCCCAGAAGGGCACCUCCAUCUGCAUGGUGCUGUUUUUCUUCAUGUCUGACAUUCUUGGCUCCCAAUCCGCCAUUACAUAUACUCACUUUAUUCUAAAAUGCCAUUUUGUGGGUUUCUCAGGGGCCAUUUUCACAUGUUUGGGUAUUUUCCUUGUACUACUUCUUCUAGCCUUUGUUUACUUCUUGUGGCCAACUUAGAAAUGCUGGAUAACAAAGGACUAACCAAGUUGCUCAUUUUUUUUUUUAAUCGAAGAAAGCAUGUAAGCAAUGGUACUGAGUAAAGCAUACUUCAUAUAUACUGUGAUUGCCCUUGCGUUAAAAACUUAAGCAAAUAGUCAAUGCUAACUAGCAAGUCAAAAUGUUGCAUUUUCAGCAUUAGCAUUAUGGUUGCAAGGUUGAGAUUAUUAUUAAAAUGUUAUUAAACAACUGUGUUAUCUAAAAUAGGUUUGCUGCAAGCGUCAAAGUGCAUUGGUGGGUAACACUGUGGCCUGAGAUGUCUAGGCCUCAGUUUCUGUUCCCUGUAUAGGUAAGGAGUCUCUCCCUGUUUGCUCGGGUCCUCUCCUGCCAUCCAAAGACAUGUGACUGAGCUGAACAGGUGUCUCAGGAUUGCCUGAAGAGAAUGUCUGAGCAUGUGCCCUGUGGUGGACCUGCAUCCUGUCCAAGGCGUGCCCUACAUCAUGCCCUGUCCUUCCUGGGCUUGUCUUCAGGCGUGCGGUGACCCUUCAUUGGAUAAGCGUCCACCUUCCCGUCUGUUCUCCAGUACAGGGCUGCCCGACUUUAGGCAAUUAUAGGAAAUGCGUGCAUGGUUCAUGCAUGGGCGAUUCUGUACAACGGAGUGUGGAAAUGCUUAAAAUCAGUUUAGCGUACUUUUAUUGAUUAUCCUAGCAUUUCUUACAACCAAUAAUAAUUUUACUCAAUGAAAGGGUAGAGAGCUAUUGCCCCAUGUUUAAAAGAGGCUUGUUAUAUAAGGAAAAAUGUGAACGGUAUGUUUUGGAAUUUUGUUAGAUGUGUUAGAUUAUUAUUUUUGUAUUAGAGAUUAUCGGUAUGGAAACCCCUUCUGAAUAUAGCGUCUGAGCUUUAGGUAGAAGAUUCUGGAGAAUAUCAGUAGGGACCCGAUAUCAGAAUCCAGUGUUACCGAAUGAAGUCGCUGGAGAUUUUCCAUUCUGUAAAAGUACAAUGGCUUUAUGAUUUAUAGCAGAACCGUCAUGUGCAAAUGAAUGAAGUCCAUUCAGCUCCCAUGUACGUAAUGUAUCGGUACAAAAUUGUAAUAAAAAGGUUUGAAAAUGUGUGCAAUUUAAGAAUAGCUGGUUUGGGAUGUAUAUGUGUUCUAACUGUUGUUCUGAAAGUGUUGUGUAACAUAUCUGUG